GCAUGGACCAACGUCGAUUUUUAUUGGACAUUCUGAGAGUCGUCCUCCUGUUCAGAGGGUGGUGAUAAUGCACAUACCUUGCUUGCCACGUAACAAGAAGAAGAAAAAGUUGCACGGGAACGCGAGUGGAGUCGUCCUGAAGCGCAACUUAAUUUCAUAGGCUCCUCAAGAAAUACGCACUGAGUAAGGUUUGGCUGUAGCCGCUGGAUAGGUACCCACCCACCAACAUGCAUGGUUCCAAAUGCUCCAUGCGGCGCCAUACUUGAAAAUGGCGUAUGCUAACAUGCCGAAGCUAAUCUGCACGCUCUUGACCCCCUGCCCAGCACAGACAAAAUGGAGGGAACUACAAUUACAGGAAGUGACAUAAGACAGGCCUGAAACCAGUCAAUCUCUCUGGAGAGAGAGAGAGAAGCGGGACUCUGCUUUUAAAAUGAGUCUUUCUACGGACACAGAGGAGGAAGGCACUGCCUCUAAAUUAAGCCUUGCUGCUGAGAGAGAGGAGUCUGUUGCUCACCACCAGACUGAGAGAGCAGCAUCUCAGGUAGCCAGUUGUGUAUCCAUGAAGAGUGACCACUCCAUGGUGGAUCCAUCAUGUUCCAGUGGAGAAUCUCCCUCCAACCCAGAAGAGAACACCCAGAGAGCAGCAUCUCCAGUGCCCAGUUGUGUGUCCAUGAAGAGUGAUAUCUCCAUGAAGAUACCCCCUGACUUCAGUGAUGAGAAACCUUUUAAUCCAAGAGAGAAGACCCAGAGAGCAGCAUCUCCAGUACCCAGUUGUGUGUCCAUGAAGAGUGAUAUCUCCAUGAAGAUAUCCCCUGACUUAAGUGAUGAGAAACCUUCUUUUAAUCCAAGAGAGAACACCCAGAGAACAUCAUCUCCAGUGCCCAGUUGUGUGUCCAUGAAGAGUGAUAUCUCCAUGAAGAUACCCCCUGACUUAAGUGAUGAGAAACCUUCUUUUAAUCCAAUAAGAGAGACAACCCAAAUAGCAGCAUCUGAAGUGCCCAGCUGUGUCUCCAUGAAGAGUGAUAUAUCCAUGAAGAUACCCCUUGACUUCAGUGUUGAGAAGCCUCCAAGUGAGGAGAGGGAAGGUCUGGUCCUUGAUCAGUCCAAGAGUGGUGUAUGUGAGCUGGUCCCUAACGAUCCAAUCCAGCAGCAGAAUUCUUACCAGCCAGUGGAUAAUGUACUGCAGCUUAUUAAAGCGAGACACAAAUCCAGCAUGAAGACCAAGUACAAGAGCCUAUCUGAAGGACUCAAAAUACAAGAGAAUAAAACUCUUCUGAAAGAGUUUUACACUCAACUCUACAUCAUAGAAGGACAGAGUGAAGGGGUGAAUAAAGAACAUGAAGUUUUACAGAUAGAGAAAAUAUCCUGGAAACACUUAAAAGACAAGCCAAUCGACUGCAAUGACAUUUUUGUAAAUAUACCUGAACAAAGUGAAAAAAUAAAGGCAGCGCUUACUAAAGGAAUUGCUGGAAUUGGGAAAACCGUCUCUGUGCAUAAGUUCAUUCUAGACUGGACGGAGGGAAAAGCCAAUAAGGAUGUAGAUUUCAUGUUCUUGUUUCCUUUCCGUGAGCUGAAUUUGAUUAGAAAUGACCAGUACAGCCUCCAUAGUCUUCUAGUUUACUUCUAUCCGGAACUUCAAGGUGUAGACUCAAAGAUAUAUGACAAGUGUAAAGUUGUGUUCAUAUUUGAUGGCCUGGAUGAAAGCAGAAUUCCACUCAAAUUUUUAGACUGUGAGAAGGUAUCUGUGGUUACUGUGGCAUCGUCAGUGGAUGUGUUGAUGACGAACCUCAUCAAAGGAGAGCUGCUUCCAUCUGCUCUCAUCUGGAUAACCUCCAGACCAGCAGCAACCAAUCAGAUCCCCCCUCAAUACAUCAACCGUGUGACAGAAGUUGAGGGCUUUAAUGACCCUCAGAAGGAGGAAUACUUCAGGAAAAGAGUCCCUGAUGAACAUCAAGCCGAGAAAAUCAUCUCACACAUUAAAACAACAAGGAGCCUACACAUCAUGUGCCACAUACCAGUUUUUUGCUGGAUCUCAGCUACUGUGCUUCAGAAGAUCCUGGAGGAAGAUGACAGGGCAGAAAUCCCUAAAUCUCUGACUGAAAUGUACAUACAUUUCCUGCUCAUUCAGACAAAUGUAAAGCACGAGAAGUUUGAUAAGGGAGAUGAGAGUGAUCUAAAGAAGCUCCUACAGUCAAACAGAGAAGUGAUUCUGAAACUUACAGAGCUGGCCUUCAAACAACUGAUGAAGGGCAAUAUCAUGUUCUAUGAUGAGGACCUGAGAGAGUGUGGCAUAGAUAUCACUGAGGCUUCAGUGUACUGUGGGUUAUGUACCGAGAUCUUUAAGGAGGAGUCUGUGCUUAAUCAGAGGAAGGUCUACAGCUUCAUACAUCUGAGCUUUCAGGAGUUUUUUGCUGCUCUCUAUGUGUUUCUUUGUUUUGCAAGCAAUAACAUGCAGGCAGUUCAUUCCUUCCUGGCAGAUGAUGAAGAGUUGAACAAGACAAGUGAGGAAGAUGGAUCUGAGAAAGAUUCAUUGUAUAAACUACAAAAAGCAAUGGUUGACAAAGCCUUACAGAACGAAAAUGGACAUCUGGAUCUUUUUCUGAGGUUCUUUCUUGGAAUCUCACUGGACUUCAAUCAGAGUCUCCUUGAAGGUCUACUGACUCAUACACAGAAGAGCUCUGGGAGCAUUGAGAAAACUAUUAAGUACAUUACAGACAGUGUCAAAGAUGUAAGAAAUGAAUGUGUCUACCCUUUAUAUGCUACACAUCAUGUCUCAUCUGAGAGAUACAUCAACCUUUUCCUCUGCCUGCUGGAAAUGAGAGACCAGUCUCUUCACAGAGAAAUUCAGGAACUUCUAAAAUCAGAUGAACGCUCAGACAGUAUACUCUCUGCUGCACACUGUUCAGCAAUGGCAUACAUUCUUCAGAUGUCAGGGGAGGUGCUGCAUGAGUUUGACCUUAAGAAAUUCAAUACAUCAGAAGAGGGUGCUCGAAGACUGGUACCAGUUGUAAUGAACUGCAGAAAAGCAUUAUUUGUGAAUGGUUAUCUCACUGAGCAGUCCUGCAAAAUUCUGGCCACAGCUCUACAAGCUGCAAACUCACCCCUAAGAGAGCUGGACCUCCAUAACAAUGAGGUGCAGGAUUCAGGAAUGAAGCUGCUCUUGACUGGCUUGAUGAGCCCAGAGUGUAACCUGGAGAUCUUUGGAUUGGCAUGCUGUAAACUCUCUGAUCAGUCCUGUGAAGCUAUGGCCUCAGCUCUACAAUCAGAGACCCUUCCCUUGAGAGAGCUGGAUCUAAGUAAUAACAAUCUGCAGGAUUCAGGGGUGAAUCUGAUCUCUGCUGGGCUGGUGAAUAACCCUAACUGUAAACUGGAGAUACUGAGGCUGGCCAUGUGUAAUCUCACUCAUGAGUCCUGUGAGGUUUUUGCCUCAGGUCUCCAAUCAGAAUCCCUGCCCUUGAGAGAGCUGGACCUGAGUAACAACGACCUGCAGGAUUCAGGAGUGAAUCUGAUCUCUGCUGGGCUGAAGAACCCACAUUGUAAACUGGAACUACUGAGAUUGUCUGGCUGUCUAGUCACAGUGGAUGGCUGUUCAUACCUGGCUUCAGCUCUGAUUUCAAACCCUUCACACCUAAUAGAGCUUGAUUUGAGCUACAAUCACCCAGGAGACACAGGAGUGAAGCUACUCUCUGCUAGACUGCAGGAUCCACAUUGCAAACUGAAGAGACUGAACGUGGACCAUGAUGAAGAGUUCAGGAUUACACCAGGAAUACGAAAAUAUAACUGUGAACUAACACUGGACCCAAACACAGCGCACAUGGAACUCUCUCUGUCUGAAGGGGACAGACAGGUGACACAUGUGAAAGAGAAGCAGUCAUAUCCUGAUCAUCCGGAAAGGUUUGAGCAACGGCGUCAGGUGAUAAGUAGAGAGAGUCUGUCUGGACGCUACUACUGGGAGGCUGAGUUGAGUGGUUUCAGUGCUGAUAUAGCAGUGACGUACAAAGGAAUCAUUAGAAAAGGAGAAGGAAACAACUGCGUAUUUGGAUACAGUGACAAGUCCUGGAAUCUAAACUGCUUCAAGAACAAUUACUGUGCCUGGCAUGAUCAUAAUUACACAGAUAUACCUGCCCCCAUAUCUUUGACCAAAAGGGUAGGAGUGUAUCUAGACUGGUUGGCUGGCACCCUGUCUUUCUACAGCAUCUCCCCUGACACACGCACACUUACUCAUUUACAUACAUUCUACUCUCCAUUCACUGAGCCUCUCUAUGCAGGGUUUGGUGUUUCUAGCUCCUGGGUACGCCUGUGUCCUAGGACAGAUGUUUUCAAUUGACGAUAAUAAGAAAUAGUGAUAUAGCCACAGUGAAACUAUAGUGUAUUAUUAUGGCUACCGCCAGCACUUGCGCAGUGUGAUCUGGUUUUUCUAGGGUUUUUUACAUAAUUUUUCACUUUCAUUUGGUGGGCAUGUAGUCCCACUGGACUGAUACAAAAUAGAAGCUUUUCGUCCCAGGGGGUCACUACCCGACCACGCUGGCCUCCCUAAAGCGGGUUAUUCUGUCAAAAACGAAAGCAGUUUUUACAGAAUAACCCGCCAACCCAUCUGCCCAAGAUUGCAUCCGUGCAUUACAUCAAUUGGAGAGCAGCAUCUAGUGUGCAGACUUCUUAAAUCUACGCACACGCCCCCAAACACAGGAACACAGAGCCACACGCUGACACACACACACAAAUGCAGCGGCAGCAGUACACAAUGUAUGUCUUUGUAUAGACAUACACACAUACUGUAUACACUCACACACACACACAUGCAUACACAGGCACACUGGCAGUGCACACUUUUUGUACUCAUGAGUCUUCACUUCCUAUUCAUCAGUUCCUUUAUUAACCAUGUGCUUGUGUUCUGUUUACCUCUUUGUUACCUUACCUCAUGCAUUGAAAGCACGUCCUCUAAAUUUCAGUUGACUUAUGGUUGCAGUGUGGCUGUUAUCUGUUAAAUCUGUUAACAUCAGCACCGAAAUGAAAAUCGACAGAUAAAACAGCUGUAACACAAA